AUGGGUUCCGUCGUUGAACUGGCCAGCCGAGAAGCCGAUGGCUCUCCCCAGACUGCUUCUCCGCAAACGAAUGAAGCGGAGCAAGAGCAUCCUACCUGGAAAUAUGCCUUGGUCGUAGCCGCCGGCUUUUCUGUGAUGUUUACGACGUGCGCAUUCAUCUUCUCUUAUGGAGUCUACCAGUCUCUUUACGAAGAGAUGGCCGAAGCUGAAGGCACCCCUUUUACCGGGAGCUCAACUGCCCUCAUCAAUCUGGUGGGAAUCUUAGCCAUUGCAUUAAUGUCCAUGGGCGGACCAUUCGCAAUGCACUGGUCAAAGAUCUACUCGCCACAGGCUGUCAUCAUUGCCGGAGGCUGGGUUUUCGGCAUUGCAUAUAUCCUGUCGAGCUUUGGGCAGGCACUAUGGCAUUUUGCGUUGACGCAGGGAGUCCUCCUUGGUAUUGGUACAUGUCUGGCAUAUGUGCCUACCAUGAGCGUUGCCCCGACGUGGUUCGACCAGCGGCGUGGUCUCGCCAUGGGCGUGAUUAUCUCGGGAUCUGCAGUUGGGGGCAUGGUUUGGCCUCCUGCUCUCCGAGCCAUGAUAACACAUCUGGGGUUUAGAAAUGCGCUCCGCAUCUCGGGUUGUAUCUCCUUAACACUCGUCUCUGUCGCCGGGUAUGCUCUCCGCUGGGAGCCCAAGUUCCACGAGCAAGUUCGUAUCCAGACGCAGGGCCUACGUCGACGCAGUGGCUGGAUAAAAGCGCCCAUGGUGAACUACCGCGUUGCCCGCUCUAAACGAUUUCUGGCCCAGGCUCUGGGCUGUUUUCUGCAGUCGGCUGGAUACUCAACCCCGUUGUUCUUCUAUGCCGCGUACGCUAGCACGCUAGGCUACAGUCCCACGACAGCGGCUAACUUCAUUACUCUGAACAACGCGUCUAAUUUCGUGUCGCGCAUCGCCAUCGGCUACGGUGCCGACCGAUACGGACGCAUCAACGCCCUGGUUGUCACGACGCUGCUGAGCGCUGUGGCCGUCUUCGCCUUUUGGAUUCCAUCCAUGUUUCACACGCCAGACGCCGGCGUGCCGAAGUCUAGUGCUGACGGACUCUUUAUCGUGUUUACUAUCCUGUACGGUGCAUUUGCUAGUGCAUAUAUUUCGCUUUUUCCGGCCUCUUUGAUCGAGCUCUUUGGUGUGCAGCACUUUACCAGUGUCAAUGGUGCUUUGUAUUUAAUUCGUGGCAUGGGCGCGCUUAUCGGCACUCCGUUAACCGGCAUGUUGAUCCCGAAGGAUGCCCUUACUUCGUCGUUUAUUUAUGAACGGGCUGGCAUAGUGGUAGGGGUGUUGUUGGUGGCUGCAACGUUGGCUUGUCUUUGGGUGCGGAUCGAGGCGAGCUUAGGGUCAUCGUGGACAAUGGAGAGUGUAAAUAUGCAUAUUAGAGCCAUGAGGUCAAAGAGAACUGUUCUCCGCCUGGGACCUGCCCUCUGGCUUCUCUCUGAAGGCCUGUAUACCCAGGGUGUAACGUGGUUGGUAAGCGAGCUGCGCAUGUAA